AUGUGUACGCCACGCGCGUUGUGUUUUGUUUUGGCGGUGUGCGCAGUUCGCGGUGGAGUUACUAAACCUUCUGGUAUCUCGCAGUUUUGGAUGGACGAUAUAAAAGUCCUCGACCAAAUAUACGGAAAGACAUCAGACAAGGAUCUGUACGGAGCAACUCUUCCUCCAAACAUUCGAUUUGAUAUCGAUCGCGCGAAACAAGUAAAAGCGGAGGCGUCUCAAACACGGGAACACUAUAUCUCUACAGAUGAUGAAGAUACAGAUUUCGAUGAACAAUAUAAACCACAUUCAUUCGGCGACAGAUACGCAAAACAAUUCAACAAGAUUCACAAAAAAGACAAGACCAAAAAGGAAAAAUCUAAAAUUGAAUCACCACUACAUUUUGUAGGUCUAUCGAACUUCAAACCGAUAUCUCAAUCAAAUGAUCCAGAAACAUACAACUAUUUGAAACAUCUCGAACAUUUUGAAAAGCAUAAGAUUGAACUGCCUGAAACUGAGAGCGGUUUUAAACCAUCAUACAUUGAAAACAGUGAAGAAGAGGAAGCUUAUAAAAGCAUUCAGGAUAUAUUAGAUGCUCACGAAUCCAACAAAGCGCGUAAACCUGAGACUGAGUUCAAUGAUAGUUUGGAAAAAUAUCCAAGAUAUCUAAAUAAGGAAAACGAUGAUAAGUAUACUAGAUACGCAGCUAAAGCAGUGCCAACGAAAAACAAAGUUAGGUUCUUGAAUAACAAUAGCUUAUAUUCGAGGUGUCGUACAGGAAGAUGCAGGAAGCGAAGUUCAAAUGGAUAUCGUUACGCUUCCAGACCAUACAUAAGAAAAAUAAAGCGUAUAAGAAUCGCAUGAUCUAAUACAUUGUUAUUGUUGGCUUGUUUUAUAGAUUUAUGUUUAUUUUGUAAGAUAAUCUUAGAUUAAGAUACAGUAAUGUUCUGUUAACCGAAGCGAAAAAUUAUGCAAUUUUGUCGGACAAUUUAUUUUACUAGUUUUAAAGUUAUUGUUGGCCUAGAAAUGCGAAAUAUUUGUUUAUUAAAAAGAGACUGUAAUAUCGAUUGUGCAAUA